GUGUCGUCCUGUGGGCAAGAGUGACGGGCGGCUGCUGGUUAACUGGUUACAUUUUUUUGUUUUCUUUCUGUAAUCCAGAUUAUUUGUAAACCGAUAGGAAAGAUGUCAAAACCACUCUCAGACCAUGACCGGAAAAAACAGAUUUCGGUGCGAGGACUUGCGGGGGUGGAAAAUGUGGCAGACCUCAAGACAAAUUUUAACCGGCAUCUGCACUUCACGAUGGUGAAGGACCGAAACGUGGCGAUGAAACGGGAUUAUUACUUCGCGCUUGCCCACACCGUCCGUGAUCACCUGAUUGGAAGGUGGAUCCGAACACAGCAGCACUACUACGAAAAAGAUCCCAAACGUGUGUACUACAUCUCUCUGGAGUUCUACAUGGGCAGAACCCUGCAGAACACCAUGGUGAACCUGGCCCUGGAGAACGCCUGUGACGAGGCCACAUACCAGCUCGGCCUGGACAUGGAGGAGCUGGAGGACAUGGAGGAGGACGCUGGUCUGGGGAAUGGCGGCUUGGGACGUCUGGCAGCCUGCUUUCUGGACUCCAUGGCAUCGCUGGGGCUCGCAGCCUAUGGCUACGGCAUCCGCUACGAGUUUGGCAUCUUCAACCAGAAGAUUUCCAAUGGCUGGCAGGUGGAGGAGGCAGAUGAUUGGCUGCGCUAUGGCAACCCCUGGGAGAAGGCCCGCCCCGAGUACAUGCGUCCCGUCCACUUUUACGGCAGAGUGGAGCACCACGAAGACGGGGUCAAAUGGGUCGACACUCAGGUAGUCUUGGCCCUGCCUUAUGACACCCCCGUCCCUGGCUACAGAAACAACGUGGUCAACACCAUGAGGCUGUGGUCCGCCAAGGCUCCCUGCGAGUUCAACCUGAAAGACUUCAACAUCGGUGGCUACAUCCAGGCCGUGCUGGACAGGAACCUGGCUGAGAACAUCUCCCGUGUGCUGUAUCCCAAUGACAACUUCUUCGAGGGGAAGGAGUUGCGUCUGAAGCAGGAGUACUUUGUGGUGGCUGCCACCCUCCAGGACAUCAUCCGCCGCUUCAAGGCCUCCAAGUUCGGCUCCAAAGAGGUGGUGCGCACGGACUUCAAUGAGCUCCCAAAGAAGGUUGCCAUCCAGCUGAACGACACUCACCCUGCCAUGGCGAUCCCCGAGCUGAUGAGGGUCCUGGUUGAUGAAGAGAAACUUCCCUGGGACAAGGCCUGGGACAUCUGCACUCGCACCUGCGCCUACACCAACCACACCGUCCUGCCCGAAGCCCUGGAACGCUGGCCCAUUGAUCUGUUCCAGCACCUGCUGCCCCGCCACCUGGAUAUCGUCUAUGAGAUCAACCGCCGCCACAUGGAGCGCGUGUCUUCUCUGUUCCCCGGCGACGUGGACCGCAUGCGUCGCAUGUCCCUGAUUGAGGAGGGCCCGCAGAAGAAGAUCAACAUGGCUCAUCUGUGCAUCGUGGGGUCCCACGCCGUGAACGGUGUCGCUCGCAUCCACUCUGACAUCCUCAAGGCCACCGUAUUUAAGGACUUCUACGAGAUGGACCCCGACAAGUUCCAGAACAAGACCAAUGGCAUCACCCCACGCCGUUGGCUGGUGAUGUGCAACCCUGGGCUGGCCGAGGUCAUCGCAGAGAGAAUUGGAGAAGAAUUUGUCCGUGACCUGGAUCAGUUGAAGAAAUUGCUCAAGUUCAUCAACGACGAUGCUUUCAUCCGGGACGUCGCCAAUGUCAAACAGGAGAACAAGCUGAAAUUUGCCGUACACUUGCAAGAGCACUACAAGGUGGCCAUCAACCCCAACUCCAUGUUCGACUUCCAAGUCAAGAGAAUCCAUGAGUACAAGAGACAGCUGCUCAAUUGUCUUCACAUAAUCACCUACUACAACAGAAUCAAGAAGGAGCCCAACAAGCAGUGGACACCCAGGACCAUCAUGAUCGGUGGAAAGGCCGCCCCAGGCUACCACACCGCCAAGAUGAUCAUCAGACUGAUCACUGCCAUCGGCGAGAUCGUCAACAACGACCCCGUGGUGGGCGAUCGCCUCAAAGUCAUCUUCCUGGAGAACUACAGGGUGACGCUGGCUGAGAAAGCCAUUCCCGCUGCUGACCUGUCGGAGCAGAUCUCCACGGCCGGCACAGAGGCCUCGGGCACCGGUAACAUGAAGUUCAUGCUGAACGGAGCCCUCACCAUCGGUACCAUGGAUGGGGCCAAUGUGGAGAUGGCAGAGGAAGCCGGAGAGGAGAACCUCUUCAUCUUCGGCAUGAGGGUGGAGGACGUGGACGCCAUGGACGCCACAGGGUACCAUGCUAGCGAGUACUAUAACCGCAUCCCUGAGCUGAAGCAGGCCAUGGACCAGAUCUCCGGGGGAUUCUUCAGCCCCGAACAGCCUGACCUCUUCAAGGACAUCGUUGAUCUGCUGAUGCACCACGACAGGUUCAAGGUGUUUGCUGAUUAUGAAGACUACAUCAAAUGCCAGGAGAAAGUCAAUGCACUGUACAAGAACCCCAAGGAAUGGACCAAGAUGGUGAUCCACAACAUUGCUGGUUGCGGCAAGUUCUCCAGCGACCGCACCAUCGCCGAGUAUGCUCGUGAAAUUUGGGGUGUUGAGCCCAGCCUGGAAAAGCUGGCUGCCCCCGAUGAGCCUCAUUAAGCUGCCCUGGCUCCACCGAACACCACCCAAUCUGCUCAACAGAGUCCGGGAAAUUCAACAUCAAAUAAAGCAACUAAAGAAACAAAUAAUAAAAAAAACAAAAAAAUAAAAAAAUGUUCUCCCCUGA